AGCCAAUUUAAGUUUGAAUUUUGGGAAAUUCUCUAUAGUUGAUACUCUUACUAUAAAAUAUUAAAAUAUUGUUGCAACAGAGAAAGUUUAUAAUCAUUUUUAUAAUGCUUCUGUCACUAAGAUGGUAGAUGAUGUUUUUAAAUAAAAAGUACUAAUUAUUUUGGGUGGAAAUGCAUCACAAACAUUUUAAAUUUAAGCAAUAUCAUUUAAACUUAAUGAAAUUACUUUAAUUGGUUAUACUAGAUAAAUAUCAAAGCCAUCACUCAUAUACUCAGCCAGUAAUUUAAGGUAAAAGUCUAUAAUAUACAAGAUAUUUUGAAAAGAAAGUAUUUUAUUUUGAUGAUACCGAUAAAAAGGAUUCUCUUUAGUUACAGAAUAUGGAAUCUAGAAGGGUUACUAAAGUGGAUUGUGCUUGUUGUAUAAUGUGAAUAUUAAGUUGGAAUAAAUGUGAAUAUAUAAAGAGCAAAUUUUAACUUUAUUAUUAAUACAAUGUUAAAAUUUAAAAAUUUAUACAAAUUAUUAAUAUAGGUAAAGCGAACUCCAAACCCAAAUUUUCUAAAAUUCAUUCCAAAUGGUAAAUUAGUAAUGCAAAAUGGAACUUACGAUUUCUCAAGAGCAAAAGAGGCUUAAUGUUCACCUCUUGCUUAAAAUCUAUUUAAAAUAGAGGGAGUGACAAGAGUGUUUUAUGGUAGGGAUUAUAUAUCAAUAUCUAAAAAUUAAGAUAGUAAAUGGGAUGAUUUGUAACCUAAGAUUUUUGAAUUGAUUACUGAAUAAUAUAAAUAGAAUGAAGAUGGUUCUGAAAAAUAAUUAAUUUUUGAUGGUUUUUCAUAAGGUUAAGACACAAUAAUAAAUGAAGAGGAUAGUGAAGUUAAUUUUAAUGUAAUAUUAGGCUGUUUAAAUGAUUAAAGAGAUUAUUGAUAGUAGAAUUAGACCAACAGUUUAAGAGGAUGGAGGAGAUAUUGUAUUUAGAAAUUUUGAUGAAUAGAAUGGAAUUGUUUAUUUAUAUAUGAAAGGAUCUUGUGCUGGAUGUCCAUCUUCAGGAAUUACUUUAAAAAAUGGAAUUGAAAAGAUGCUAUGUCAUUAUAUAGUGGAAGUUAAAUAAGUAAUUGCAGAAGAUUAUGUAGGAUGUGAUUGA